UAGUUCCACAGGCACUAAAGGAUGAUCUGUGAAGACUCCUGACCCAUGACCAUGAACACAUCACUCGGCACGUUAUUCCGGAUUAUAUCAUACUUUUUCUUAUGGUUUGAAGUCAUCAAUGCGAGCAUCAGUUAUGGACGUCUUGUACAUAAGGCCGAAGACUUCGAUGACAGAUUGCUGACUCUUGACGCCAAAUGGACUCACGAAGUGACUUCUCUAAUAAACUGUGUCGCAAUAUGCUCCUUGGACGAAAGGUGUGUUAGCGUCCAGUUUAAUGAGGCUGCUACUAUUUGCACUGGGUACGUGGUCAGCUCUGCAAGCGGUCCAGACUCUAUUAGUAGCCCGGGCUAUGUCAUGUUUGAUAUGGAACGAUCUUCCCAGACAUUUGGCUCCAGUUGUUCCGAUGACAGUGAAUGUACGUUCACAAGACACACUUCCUGUGUGGCGGGAUCCUGCAAAUGUUCAACCUCACGGACAGGGGAUGAAUGUGAAGGCGUCGAUACGACACAAACAGCGACAACGAGCGCUGCAGCACAGACAACCACGACAGCAACCCUGAUAACCACCGCUGCAACCCCGACAGCCGCCACGGCAACCCCGACAACCGCCACGGCAACCCCGACAACCGCCACUGCAACCCCGACAACCGCCACUACAACCCCGUCAACCGCCACUGCAACCCCGUCAACCGCCACUGCAACCCAGACAACCGCCACUGCAACCCAGACAACCGCCAUUGCAACUCCGACAACCGCCACUGCAACCCAGACAACCGCCACUACAACCCAGACAACCGCCCACUGA